AUAAGUCGGGGCCGAGAGGCCGGGCAAAGGUCGCGCGGGGCGCUUUUCCACCGGAGCGCGCCGGCCGUCGGAGCUUCCUCGGCCGACGGGUCCCCUGGGUAUCUCCACCACCACCACCACCACCACCGCCCCGCGCCUGGAACGCCGGCUUGGGCUUGCAUGCUUCGGAGUUGCCUCGGGACUUUCCUCCGGGGCGCCAGCGCCGCGCUCGGCUUUGCGCAUCGCCGGCCGGGACAUGUCGGUGACGGAGCUGUACAGCAAGUAUACAAGAGUUUGGAUUCCUGACCCAGAAGAAGUCUGGAAAUCAGGUGAAAUCAUCAGAGAUUACAAAGAAGGGGAUAAAACUCUCCGCCUGAAACUUGAAGAUGAAACGAUCCUGGAAUAUCCUGUUGAACCUAAGGAGAACAAGUUUCCUUUUUUGCGUAAUCCAGAUAUUUUGGUUGGAGAAAAUGACUUGACAGCUUUGAGUUACCUCCAUGAACCGGCCGUCUUGCAUAACUUAAAAGUCCGCUUUUUGGAAUCAAAUCACAUCUAUACCUAUUGUGGUAUCGUGCUUGUUGCCAUAAAUCCUUAUGAACAAUUGCCAAUUUAUGGACAAGAUGUCAUCUAUGCCUACAGCGGCCAAAACAUGGGUGAUAUGGAUCCUCAUAUUUUCGCAGUUGCGGAAGAAGCAUAUAAACAAAUGGCCAGGGAUGAGAAGAACCAGUCCAUUAUCGUUAGCGGGGAAUCCGGGGCGGGCAAAACAGUCUCGGCCAAAUACGCCAUGCGGUUCUUUGCCUCAGUUGGAGGCUCCUCCAGCGAAUCCAAUAUUGAAGAGAAGGUCCUGGCUUCCAGUCCUAUCAUGGAGGCAAUUGGUAACGCGAAAACCACCCGGAAUGAUAACAGCAGCCGUUUUGGGAAAUAUAUUCAGAUUGGCUUCGAUAAAAGAUACCGUAUCAUUGGUGCCAACAUGAGGACGUACCUGCUUGAAAAAUCAAGAGUGGUAUUCCAGGCAGCUGAUGAGCGAAACUAUCACAUUUUCUAUCAGCUGUGUGCCUCUGCUAGUCUCCCAGAACUGAAGGAUCUCUCAUUAUUGGAGGCCAAAGAUUUUUUCUACACGUCUUUGGGAGGAGACACCUCCCUUGAAGGAGUUGACGAUGCAGAAGAUUUUGAGAAAACAAAGCAAGCCUUCACCCUGCUCGGAGUAAAGGAGUCCUAUCAGAUGACCAUUUUUAAGAUACUCGCUGCCGUCCUACACCUUGGAAAUGUGGAUUUUCGUUCCGAACGUGACGGAGAAUCCUGCAGUAUAACGAACCAAGAUCAACACCUGCAUCAUUUUUGCAGAUUACUGGGAGUGGAGCACAGCCAGAUGGAACACUGGCUUUGCCAUCGGAAGCUGGUCACCACUUCGGAAACCUACACCAAAAAUAUGUCCCUCCAACAAGCCGUCAACGCCAGGAAUGCGCUAGCCAAGCACAUCUACGCUCAGCUGUUCAACUGGAUUGUGCAGCAUAUCAACAAGGCCUUGUACACGACGGUCAAGCAGCAUUCCUUUAUUGGUGUGCUGGACAUUUAUGGGUUUGAGACCUUUGAAUAUAAUAGCUUUGAACAAUUCUGCAUCAAUUACGCCAAUGAAAAAUUACAGCAGCAGUUCAAUUUGCAUGUCUUUAAAUUGGAACAAGAUGAAUACAUGAAAGAGCAAAUUCCCUGGACCCUCAUCGAUUUUUAUGACAAUCAGCCAUGCAUAGACCUUAUAGAAGCUAAGCUGGGUAUCUUGGAUUUGCUGGAUGAAGAAUGUAAGGUCCCUAAAGGGACAGACGAGAACUGGGCUCAGAAACUCUAUGAUCGCCAUGGGAACAGUCAACAUUUCCAGAAGCCUCGCAUGUCAAACAUGGCAUUCAUUAUUGUGCACUUUGCAGAUAAGGUGGAAUAUUAUUGUGAGGGCUUUUUGGAAAAAAACCGAGAUACAGUCCACGAAGAACAGAUCAAUAUUCUGAAGGCCAGCAAGUACCCAGCGAUUGUGGAGUUGUUCCAUGAUGAAAAAGACCCUGCUCCAGCUGCUCCUUCUGGAAAGAAAACUUCUUCCAAAAUCAAUAUCCGCGCUGCCCGUCCAACUGUAAAAGCAGCCAAUAAAGAACACAAGAAAACAGUGGGGCACCAGUUUCGCAAUUCAUUGCACCUAUUAAUGGAGACCCUGAAUGCUACCACUCCCCAUUAUGUUCGGUGUAUCAAGCCCAAUGAUGAGAAGCUGCCUUUCACCUUCGACCCAAAGAGAGCAGUACAACAACUAAGAGCUUGCGGAGUGUUGGAGACCAUCCGUAUCAGUGCAGCGGGCUACCCAUCCAGGUGGACCUACCAUGACUUCUUAAAUCGGUAUCGGGUGCUUAUGAAAGACAAAAGUAUUUCGAAAAAGAAAGACAAGAUACUGAUUUGUAAAACGUUAUUGGAAAGCCUAAUUAAGGAUCCUGACCAGUUUCAGUUUGGACGUACAAAGAUCUUUUUCCGUGCUGGCCAGGUGGCCUACUUGGAAAAAUUGCGGGCAGAUAAAUUCCGGGCUGCCACCAUCAUGAUACAGAAGACGGUGCGUGGCUGGUUGCAGAGGAGAAAGUACAGGAAAACCAGGGAGGCAGCUUUAAGUAUCCAGAGGUUCACCCGAGGAUAUCUGGCACGCAGAUUGGCGGAUCAUCUAAGGAAAACAAGAGCUGCCAUUAUUUUCCAGAAACAAUAUCGAAUGUUAAGGAUACGCCGGGCCUACCAAGCCAUCCGUCAAGCAGCUAUCACCAUCCAGUCCUUCACCCGAGGAAUGUUCGUUAGGAAGAACUAUCAAAAGAUACUUAUGGAAUACAAGGCCAUCAUCCUCCAGAAACACACUCGAGCUUGGCUGGCUCGGAAGAAUUUCACCAAGUUCAGAUGUGCGGCUGUGAUUAUCCAGUGCUAUUUCAGGCGCAUGAAAGCCAAGCAAGAGCUGAAAGCUCUGAAGAUCGAGGCCCGGUCAGCCGAGCACUUGAAGAGGCUCAACAUUGGCAUGGAAAACAAAGUUGUGCAACUACAGAGAAAGAUAGAUGAACAGAACAAAGAAUAUAAGUCUCUCAAUGAGCAGCUCUCCACAGCAGCCUCUGCUCAUUGCACAGAGAUUGAAAAGCUGAAGAAGGAACUGGAACGCCAUCAGCGGAAGAAGGGAGACACGAAUCAGCUUGUGAGCUUGCAGGAAGAAAUUGAUUCUCUCCGGCUGGCCCUGGAGAAGGCUCACGGGGAGCGGAAGAUCGUCGAAGAUACGUAUGCCAAGGAGAAGCAGGUGCUCCAAAAGAGGAUAUCUGAUUUAGAAGAAGAGAAUGGCCUCCUGAAGGAAGAAAAAGAGGCACUGAACAACAAGAUAUUGGGUCAGUCAGAAGAUGAAUUUGCCAAAAAUGCAGUUGAAGAAAACCUGAUGAAGAAGGAGCUUGAUGAGGAGAGAGCACGUUACCAGAACCUUGUGCAGGAAUAUUCAAGGCUGGAGCAGAGAUUCGAGAAUCUGAGUGAUGAGAUGACUCUCAUCAAGCAAAGUCCAGGACACAGAAGAAAUCCAUCAAACCAAAGCAGCUUGGAAUCGGAUUCCAACUACCCAUCCAUUUCUACAUCCGAGAUAGGAGACACGGAAGAUGCAAUACAGCAGAUAGAGGAAAUUGGCUUGGAGAAGGCAGCCAUGGACAUGAAUCUCUUCCUAAAACUUCAGAAGAGAGUGCGGGAACUUGAACAGGAGAGAAGAAAAUUGAAGACUCAGCUGGAAAAGAAAGAGAAUGAAAGCAAGAAAUCUCAGGAAAUUGAAACGAAGAAUGAAAUGGAUUUGGACCGAGAUACAGAUCUAGCAUACAACAGUCUGAAGAGGCAAGAGUUAGAAUCCGAGAACAAGAAACUGAAAAAUGACCUAAACGAACUCAGGAAGACUGUUGUGGAUGGCGUAGUCCAAAACAAUUCUUCCAAUGACGUUCAUGACACCUACAACCUACUCCUGAAUCAGCUCAAGUCAGCUAGUGAAGAGCUGGAAGUACGGAAGGAAGAGGUGCUCAUUCUCAGGACCCAGAUUAUAAGAGCAGCCCAGCAAAAAGACGCAGGCAGAAAUAUGGUAACGAAAGAGAAAGAAUCAAACCUCAAGACGCAAACCAGCUGGCCCAAUAGCGACAAACAUGUGGAUCCAGAAGAUGCAAUUGAGGCCUACCAUGGAAUGUGUCAAACUAAUCGCAAGACUGAGGACUGGGGGUACCUGAAUGAAGAUGGAGAACUCGGCUUGGCCUAUCAGGGUCUAAAGCAAGUAGCCAGGCUCCUUGAGGCUCAACUCCAGGAACAGAGAAGGGAAUAUGAAGAAGAAAUAGAAGUCCUAAAGGACCAGAUGGAGACAUUGAAGGAAGCGAUGGAGAAACAACACGAAGUCUUCCUCCAGACGCUCCAGUUGUCCCCAGAAGCCCAAGUGGAGUUUGGCAUCCAGCAGGAAAUCUCGCGGCUGACCAGCGAAAACCUGGACCUGAAAGAGAUGCUGGAGAAACUGGAAAAGAAUGAGAAGAAGCUGAAGAAACAGCUCAGGAUUUAUAUGAAGAAAGUGCAAGAUUACGAAGCUGAUCAAGCCGUUACACAAUCUGAAAAGCGGAAACACGAAAUCAGCCGGCAUGUCGCCGUCCAAAGGAAGGAAAAAGACUUCCAGGGAAUGUUAGAAUAUUGCGAAGAGGAUGAAUCUUCACUCAUAAAAAAUCUCAUUACAGAUCUGAAGCCCCAAACGGUAUCGGCCACUGUGCCCUGCUUGCCUGCCUACAUCCUUUUUAUGUGCAUCAGACAUGCUGAUUACAUUAAUGAUGAUCAAAAAGUGCAUUCGUUGCUCACCUCCACUAUUAAUGGCAUUAAAAAAGUAUUAAAGAAACAUAACGAGGACUUUGAGAUGACAUCAUUGUGGCUAUCCAACACAUGUCGCCUUCUACAUUGUCUGAAGCAAUACAGCGGAGAUACGGGUUUUAUGACCCAAAAUACUCCAAAGCAGAAUGAACAUUGCCUGAAGAACUUUGACCUCACCGAGUACCGUCAGGUCCUGAGUGAUCUCUCCAUCCAGAUCUACCAGCAACUCAUCAAAAUUGCCGAAGGCGUCUUGCAGCCCAUGAUAGUGACUGCGGUAUUGGAAAAUGAAAGUAUCCAGGGCCUGUCAGGUGUCAAGCCAAUGGGCUACCGCAAACGAAGCUCCAGCAGAGGGGACAGCGAAAACACCUACAGUUUGGAAGCAUUCAUCCGCCAACUGAACACGUUUUUAAGUAUCAUGUACGACCAGGGCCUUGACCCGGAGAUCAUCCAACAGGCCAUUAAGCAGCUCUUCUACAUGAUCAAUGCUGUGGCCUUGAACAACCUCUUGCUGAGGAAGGACAUGUGUUCUUGGAGCACCGGCAUGCAGAUGAGGUUUAACAUCAGCCAGCUGGAGGAAUGGUUGAGAGGGAAGAACCUGCAUCCAAGUGGGGCUGCCAAAACGCUGGAACCACUGAUCCAGGCAGCACAGCUCCUGCAGUUGAAAAAGAAAACACCUGAAGAUGCUGAGGCCAUCUGUUCCUUAUGCACAUCCCUCACUACCCAGCAGAUUGUAAAAAUACUGAAUCUUUACACUCCUGUGAACGAGUUUGAAGAGCGAGUGACAGUAACCUUCAUAAGAAACAUUCAGGCACAAUUGCAAGAGCGAAACGAUCCUCCACAGCUGCUGUUAGACUUCAAAUUCAUGUUCCCAGUUUUGUUUCCAUUCAAUCCUUCGUCUCUGACCAUGGACUCUAUCCACAUCCCGGCUUCCCUCAACCUGGAAUUCCUUAACCGAGUUUGAAGACACAAUAUAUAUGCUGAGGGGAAAAAAAAAGAAAUGAAAAUGUAGCAGCUCUUCAAAUAUGGACCAAAUAAUGGUGAAAAAACCAGUACAUGCCAAUUAAUCAGUGCUAAAUUGUUUAGGAUAAAAAAAAAUACUUGGGUUAGAUGCUUUUUGGUUUGUACAAGGGAUUUUUUUGGGGGGGUGGGUGGGGAGAUCUUGCAGUUGAUACUUGAAACAUAAGAAGGGGUUGAACUGUUUGAUGCCAUGCUAAAAUAUUCUCUCCCACUUGCCAUCAAGGCAAAUGCACUGAUUAAGCAGGAUGGAAGCUUUACUUUUGUGAAUUAUGUUUCUCAAGGACUUUUGUGUUGAAAUGACAAAAAGAAGCCCAGAUUGCCACUCAUUUUCUGAUUGUCCAUGGUUGGUAGAGCAGGGAUCUCCAAUCUUGGCAACUUUAAGAUUCAUGGACUUCAACUCCCAGAACUCCUCAGCCAGCAGGAAUUCUGGGAAUUGAAGUCCACGAGUCUUAAAGUUGCCAAGGUGGAGACCCUUGUGAUAGAGCUUGCUUUAAUCUUUAGUUUCUCAUUAAAAAAAAAAAAAAGUUGCUUUAGGUUAAAAUAAAAAAAUGUGACACAGCUUGUACAGAUAUUACUGGAGGUGCAUCAUUUGCAAUUUGUACUGAGGCUGAGGAAUGCCACUUUGCAUAUGAAGCAAGUUAGUCCCUGAAAGCGUAAAAUAUGGUUAAAAAAAGACAAUAUGGUGGUACAUACCUAAGAAAGCAGACCAAAUUUCAAUCACACCAUUGUGGCUGCCAUUUUGACUUUUUGUUUACCAUACUUGGUGGAUACUCUGGUCCCAUCUUUUACCCAUCAGGUGCCUGUUGAUAAUUUUUCCUAUCUAUCACUAAGAAUGUGAAGUUGUGGAACCAUAAACCUCUUAUGUUUGCUUCAUGCCAAAUUAUAAUUUCACUGUAAGCUACUACGGAUUCAUUUAGGCCAGUGACUGACAGGGGCCUACUUUGAUUUACUGGGGAAGAAAAUGCUGUACUGGCUACAUUGACUCUGAGACAGAUUCCUUGCCAAGAUAGUUGAAGCAUCCUUAUGAUCAACGUGGGACUGUGCCAGGACACAGUAGGGAUAUGUUGGCUCAGUUGUGUGUCAUUGUGCAGUCAAUAUUUCCCCAGCAUUGACAGAACAUUUGCAGGAAAUGGAAUAUCAGGCUGUGUUUCCAAGCCAGUUACAAGGACAAUGUUAUGCACUAUAUAAUAGCCUAUAAAUUUGUUAGUAUCUGAACUCCCAAGAGAAGCCUUUCAAGAGAAUUAUCAUGGAAACUAAUGCAGAAGACUCUGUCAGCAUUUUUAUGCACAGAACAAUAGGUAAGAAAUGAUCUUUCUUGCAAAAACUAAUAAGCACUUAUUAAAAUACCAGAGCGGUCCAGUCUCUCCUGUCCAUAUGGGGAAAAAAAAUAAAAUCUCCUUUCGUGUUCUAAAUAUGACUUUUUAAAUUAUGUCCAAAAGCCUACUACCAAACAUUUUUCUCUGAAUUUUAUUUUUUUAAGCAUUGCUCCACUAUUAUCCAGUGGCUAUCAUAGCCAUUAAAGUGGCAUUCACAUAAAAAGGGAGACCGUGGGAAGGGACAAUUAUAUGGAUUAAUAAAGACAGCCAUAUACAGAAUUUGCUAUUCUGCAAUCUCCUAUAAUUGCACUUACCUAGAUAAACCCAGUAGGGUUACAAGCAAAAAAAAGAAAGAAAUGUGAUUGAAUGACCUUUUUGAACCGUGCCCAGAUGAUCUUGGCACUCUUCACUCUUGCAAGCUUGGCAGUUAAAAUAUUGGACCAGGAAGCUUUUAGUGAAAUGAGCCCCAUCCUUUUUCAAAAUAAUUGUGUUAUUAUAAAUCAAGCACCUAACUUACAAAAGACACUCCUCCACUAAUGGUUCAAUCGUAAAAGACUCUAGUAUGAUUCGGAAAAUAAGCAAAGAACGUGUCCAUUUUUAACUGAUAAUGGUCUCCAAGACAUCUGAUGUCUAAAAGGGAAGCAUUUUGUGCAUUUGGCCAUGGGUUGUGGUACUGAAUAUCUAAAUCUCUUGAUGCACAGAUGGAUGCACACAGGAGCAUCUGCUAUCUAGCUCCUCUUAAAUGCUUGCAGUGCUGCUCCGAAGCUUCAGCACCUGAAUAUGGCUCUCCGUCAUUAAGUGUAGUAUCCAGGGAACCAUUUCUUCAUAAUGCUAAAUUCAUAAAACGACUGCAACCAUGUGGUAAAAUGAUAGCUGUGGCCACACUGCUUCCACAUAAUUCUGCAAAUUGUGUCGGGUUUUUUUUUUUUUCUCCCUUGGUCCCUGCAGAAAAAUUCAUGCUUCCUUUCCUGGUGCUCUAGUUUUACCCGAUGACACUUUAUUUGAUAGAAGUUUCUCUAUUAUUCAUACUUCAGUGCAAAAGAAAAAGUUUUGUGGCAACAUCUGCUUAUUUCUCAUGAUUUUCUGCAUUAGUGCAAACAUGAAUUCGAGGGUUCCCCCUUCCUCAAAUUAAAUAUAAAUUUGUACUUUGGCAGACCCCUCCUCCCCUCUAGAAGUCAUAAACAUGGAACAAAAAGCACAGAUUGUUGCCCCUAAUAGAACAAAUCCCUUAUUUACUGUCCUUUUUCUUUAAGUACCACUUUCCAGAGUAAUAUAUGAAGUAGGCAUUGGAUUUUCUAAAGAACUGAAUAUCAUAAUUCCUGUGUAUUCCUUAUAAGUUUACUCACCAUCAGUAAAAUAAUGUAAAAGUGAGGCACUUUAUUGAAAAGUUACACUCGAGCUAAAGUGGUAGUCAAACUGCCACAUAAUUUUUCACCCAUUGUGGCCAGUUUACUCCUGCACAUUGGACCUUUUCUCUCCCGCAAAAUAUAGGUGUGAAAAGAGGGCAGGCAUUUUGCCAACUGUGACCCUAUCUGCCACCUUUUAAAAGUAUACAUGAAAAAUUAUUUCCAAAUUCUCCAACAUCCUGCGGAACUAAACUGGGCAAGUGGAAGUAUUAUGUUGUCAUUUGGCAAGAAGCUUCAAUUUCUGUAUAAACUGUAUGUUUUUAGAAAAAAUUCCUCAAACGUUGCAAAGCUUUGAAAUACGUUGGUGUAUUUAAUUCUUAGCAGGCAGGCUAAAGAUGCAGAAUAAGAUGCAAAACCUUCUACGGUAUCUUAGGAAAUGUAUUUAUAAAGUGUGGCUAAAGCUCUACCUAAUGGUAAUAUUUCUCUGCAGGACUGCAAGAAAAUUUAAUUUAUAUUAUGUAUAUAAUAUCUGUACAUUUUUAAAAUAUGUUAGUAUAACAGAGAGAAAUGGAAUAUUUGUAAUUAUCUGCAAACUUGGAUUUACUGAAGGAACUUGUGUUUAAAUAACUGAUGUCUGUAACUUUUGUGAUCUGUUUUUAAGAUAACUUUUGACUUUUCUUUUUAAAAAGCCAACUCAUUGGCAGUGCCAUGCACAAAUAUGCUUUCUGUCUCUAAUUGAUCAUUUCUUUGAUUUAAAAAUACUUUAGCACAGAUCCAAAAAGUAGAUUGUGUCACUUAUUUCAUCUUUUUAUUGUUUUUGACUGAAUUCUUUCCUUUGGCAUUUGGCUUUCCUUUGGCUUUACAUUUAACAUUUGCAAUCAGCAUUUUCCUGAACUGAGUAUUACAACUUGGGAGAAAAAUUUAAACGUCAUCCCAAAUGACUUUUGAAUUUGCAUGAAAACUGAUGAAAUUGCAUAUGGAUUUAGACAUCUGUAAAAGUCCAUAAAAAGGAUCCAACUGCGGAUUUGAAUUUAUUUUCUCCACAAAGUUUUAGAUUCUCCAACUUACGUUUUUGAAGAGUCCAAAUUGGGAAUCUUGGGAGAUUUUUUUAAAGACCUACAAAGGCACUAAAAUAUGAAUAAAAUACUUGAUCACAGUAUUGAUAGCUAUCCAAUUAAUGUUAACAAAUGUGCAGCUUUACAUAUCUAUUUGUUUAGGACAGUUAACAUGGAAAGAUUUCAGUAAUUCCUGUUGUAUUAGAUUAAUUUGAACUUUUUAUAAAAAGAAAUAUAUGGCCAACUCUCUUCCCCAAUUAAAAACUGCUGCAAGAAAUGCAGAUCUAUUCAUAUCGAUUCAUUGAUAUUAACUAUGAAUAACCUUUUAAAUACUACACAUCUCAAGUGUGCAAGAAUUAGCAAGUCUUGUCUGUACAUGGGGACAAGCAACCAUUGCCAAAUUUUAAGUUACAGUACACACACUCAAGUAAUUUCUCUUAUCCCAGCACAUUAACUAUAUGGGCUUGCUUCUUCUUAUUCUCACUGUUAAACUACAAUAGAAUGCAGUAGUCAGAAUAUUCUAGCAUUAUAGAUGUAGCUGACUGUCCCAUCAUGCCAAUCUACUGCAUGAGCAAGCUACACUUUGUUUUUUAUAUAUAUAUUGAAAGAAAGCUCCCAUAAAACCUAGAGAAUUAUUGAAAGAAUGCAAAUGCUGGAACAUAAAAUGAGGUGUGUCUACCCCAAUUUAUAAUCGCCCCGGCUUGAUUAAAUUUGCAAGCGUGGAUGAAAUAUUGCUACUGAUGAAAAUAUUUUUCCAGUUUGAACAAUUGGGUCAACUACACCUGUUUAUAGGAAAGUGACUGUAAAAGUCACCAUCAUUCCACUGUGCAUAAAAUACUGUGAAAUAAAUACUUUGGAAUAAAAAGUUUUGCUUUCCUUGUU